GUCUUAUUAUAUCCAAAACUUUGAAAAGAAUGUCAAAAUUCAAUCCAUACGAACAUCUUAAGAUUGAGGUAAACCAAGAUGGAACGCUCCAACGUCAUAAUAAAAUGCCACAAAUGCGAUCAAAUCCCAAUCCGGGGCAAGGAGAAUCCGUAGCAUCAAAAGAUAUAACCAUAAACAAUGAAAAACACACAUGGGUUAGAUUAUAUUGUCCCUCAAAAUUAGCAUCAAACGAUGGGUGUGUUGCUAGAUUACCCUUAAUGAUAUACUUUCAUAGUGGAGGUUGGAUUGAUCAUAGUGUGGCCGAUCUUUUUAACCACGAAAAUUGUGUACAAUAUUCACGAAGUCUUCCUUGUAUAAUUAUUUCGUUAGAAUAUCGAUUAGCACCAGAAUACAGACUUCCGGCACAAUAUGAAGAUGCCUUAGAAGUGAUCUUAUGGGUUCGCGACCAAAUGAAUGAUCCAAAUGGUGAGCCAUGGAUCAAGGAAUAUGGAGACUUCUUUAGGUGUUAUUUGUCAGGAAGGGGUAAUGGUGCAAAUAUGGCUUAUAAUGUAUGUUUAAAGGCCUUAGAUAUUAGCCUUUAUCCUUUGAAUAUAUCAGGAAUUAUUCUAAAUCAACCUAUGUUUAGUGGGAAUAAAAGGACUAUGUCUGAAUUGAAGUAUGCUUGUGAUGAGUUAUAUCCAUUGCCUGUUUGGGAUUUGAUGUGGGAAUUGGCAUUGCCUAAAGGGUGUGAUAGAGAUCAUAGGUACUGUAAUCCAAUGAAUGAUAUUGCUUUACAAAGUAAGGUUAAAAGGUUAGGAAGGUGUUUAGUGAUUGGAUAUAGUAUGGAUCCAAUGAUUGAUAGGCAACAAGAGUUUGUUUCUAUGUUGGUUAAGUGUGGUGCAAUUGUUGAGGCUCAUUUUGAUGUGGGAUUUCAUGGGGUUGAUCUUGUUGAUGCAAAAAGAGGUUCUUAUAAUUUGCAACUUGUUAAAGACUUUGUUAAAUAAAAUAGUAUGAUUGUCGUAUUAUCGUUCGUUUUUUAACAAAAAAAGAAAUUAGUGGAAACAAAGAUAUUAAGAGCAAUUAGAAUAAUAUGUC